GGCCAGGAGGACAAUGAACCCCUUACAAUGCUCUGGUUGCUAUUGUGCCCGGUGGCAGAGCCGGACAAAGGGAGCUUGUGUAGGCUCAGCUUCCUCCUCCAGCUUUAAGCUGCGUUGGGAAUGUAGGGAGGCAGUCUCCCGUGGACACGAGAACCUCUGAGCAUCCAGACCCGAGCGUUGGGGGUGGGCUUCAAAGAGUCCUGUGUGUGGAGUGGGCGGUGCUAGGGGCAGGACUUUACGGCUGCCAGGCAGCGCUUCCUGCUCGAAAGAGCACUUUGGGGUCAUAGGGCGGGCACAGGGAAGUCCUCUAAACUUCCCAGCCUCUUCUCUGAGAGAGUUGAAGCCCUAGGGCCACGCCUGAGAACAGACCUAAAGGGGUAGUGUUCACAGACCUCUCCCAUUUCCCCGGGACUAGUGACAUCUAGGAAGCCAAUGGGGGAACUGCGCCUCACCCUUCCUUCCUGUUUGCUUUCCUUCCCCAUAGCCGGUUACUGAUGGCCUGUUUGGGCUUCCAUAGGCUGCGUCUAGUCUCUGAGCUCCCGUAGGUCUGCAGCUGGGCUGAGGGUGUACCACAGCCAUGGCUCAGCCACUGGCUUUAGUCCUCAAUGUCCCAGAGACCACCGGGGACGAAGACCUGGAGCCCAGCCCCUAUGAAGAGAGCGAAGUGCAUGACUCCUUCCACCGGCUCAUACAAGAGCAGAGUCUUCGGGUGGCCGAGGAGGGGCUGGAGCUGCUGCCCCUGGCUCCAGACAGAGGUUACCAGACCCUCCCGAGGCCUGAAGGUGCCCCCACCCACAGCACGGCCACUCUCCGCAUCUUGGCCAGCAUGCCUAGUCGCACCAUUGGUCGCAGCCGCGGGGCCAUCAUCUCCCAGUACUACAACCGCACUGUAAGGCUGCGGCGCAGGAGUAGUCGGCCCCUGCUGGGGAACAUGGUGCGCUCUGCCCGGCCCAGCCUUCGCCUGUAUGACCUGGAGCUGGACCACACCAUCUUGGAGGAGGAUGAGAAGCGGAGCCUGCUAGUGAAGGAGCUUCAGGGUCUGUCGGUGGCCCAGCGGGACCACAUGGUCCGGAACAUGCCUCUGAGCCUGGGUGAGAAGCGCUGGCUUCGAGAGAAAAGCUGGAGCCCAAAGGGAAAGCAGAGGGACCAGCAGGACCGAGGUGGGGCCUUCUCCUGCUGCAGCAGGCUCGGCUACAGCUGCAUUCUGGCUCUACACAGCCUGGGGCUGGUGCUGGUCUCAGGACUGUAUGCUGCCAGACCAUGGCGCUACGCUCUGAAGCAGAUCGGCGGCCAGUUUGGCUCCAGCGUCCUCUCCUACUUCGUCUUCCUCAAGACCUUAUUGACCUUCAAUGCGCUAAUGCUGCUGCCUUUGCUGGGCUUCCUCGUGGGUGUGCAGGCUGCCUUCCCGCCCAACCCAACAGACCCGGUCCCUACCUGCUCUGGUCUAGAACUCCUCACAGGCAGGGGCUGUUUCAUACACACCGUCAUGUACUACGGCUACUACAGUAACAGCACGCUGAGCCAGUCAUGUGACUCCUCACGGGACAGUGGCCGGUGCAGCCCCAGGUUGGGCAGCUUGCCCUAUAACAUGCCGCUGGCCUACCUCUUCACGAUGGGGGCUGCCUUCUUCAUUACCUGUAUCACUCUGGUAUACAGCAUGUCCCACUCCUUCGGGGAAAGCUACCGGGUUGGCAGCACCAAAGGCAUCCAUGCUAUUACGGUCUUCUGCUCCUGGGACUACAAGGUGACUCAGAAGCGGGCCUCCCGUGUCCAGCAGGACAGCAUCUGCACCCAGCUGAAGGAGCUGCUGGCUGAGUGGCAACUGCAGAAGCACCCCCGGAGUGCAUGCGGGCAGCUGUGGCAGGCUGUCAUGCUAGCUCUGGGAGGGCUGCUGUGUCUGGGCACCACGGUGGGCUGUGCAGCGGCUGUCCUCACCUUCUCAGAGGUCAUGAUGCAGAGACCCACUGAUGGCGGCCAGGGGGUGGAGCUGCUGGCCCUGCCACUGGUGGUCAGUGUCCUUAAUCUGGGUGCCUCCUACCUGUUCUGUGGCCUGGCCACUCUGGAGCGGCAUGACUCCCCCGUGUUGGAGGUAUAUAUGGCCAUCUGCAGGAGUCUCAUCCUGAAGACGGCUGUCCUGGGCGUGCUCUGCUAUCACUGGCUGGGCCGCAGGGUGGCUACACUGCAGGACGGAUGCUGGGAGGACUUUGUGGGCCAGGAGCUGUACCGCUUCCUGGUCGUGGAUUUCAUCUUCACGCUCUUGGACUCCCUUUUCGGGGAGUUGGUGUGGAGGCUCAUCUCCGAGAAGAAGCUCAAGAGGAGGCAGAAGCCCGAGUUUGAUAUUGCUAGGAAUGUUCUGGACCUGAUUUACGGGCAGACGCUGACCUGGCUGGGUGUCCUGUUCUCACCGCUCCUGCCCGCAGUGCAGAUACUCCGGCUGCUGUUCCUUUUCUAUGUCAAAAAGGCAAGCCUGAUGGCCAACUGCCAGGCACCUCGCAGGCCCUGGCUGGCAUCACACAUGAGCACCGUCUUCCUCACCCUGCUCUGCUUCCCAUCGUUCCUGGGCGCAGCUGUUUUUCUCUGCUAUGCUGUUUGGCAGGUGAAGCCCUCAAGCACUUGUGGCCCCUUCCGAACUCUGAAUACCAUGUAUGAGGCAGGCACGGUCUGGGUGCGUCGUCUGGAGCGUGCUGGCUCCAGGGGCUCCUGGCUGCCCUGGCUGCACCACUUCCUGGUGGAGAAUACCUUCUUCCUUUUCCUGGUGUCGGCCCUGCUGCUGGCUGUCAUCUACCUCAACAUCCAGGUGGUGAAAGGGCAAAGGAAGGUCAUUUGCCUGCUCAAGGAACAGAUCCGGAAUGAGGGAGAGGACAAGAUCUUCCUGAUCAACAAGCUUCACUCUGUUUACGAGGGGGAGCAGAGCAGGCCUGGCAGAACCGAGGAGGCCACCACAUCAUCUGCCCAGUUUGUGGAUGGAGGGGACAGUCACCAUGACCCUGCAGGCAGAGACUUGGACCUGAAGUCCCUAUAGGACACAGCACUAGAGUAACUUUCCUUGUCACCAACUCCUUGAGGUGAUGGCGGAGCAAGGAUGUGGGGCUACUCCAAGGACUCUGUCCUACCUGGGACUCCCUUCCCCUAGGUUCUUCAAUUUAUUUAUUUUGAAGACAGGAUCUAUCAACACAGCCUUGGCUGUCCUGAGUUCACUAUGUAGACCAGGCUGGCCUUGAUCUGCCUGCCAAGUACUGGAAUCAAAGGCAUGUGCCACCACACCUGGCUUUACCCAACUUUUUAUUAUUCUAAUUAAAUGGGUUUUGAAAUCUG